AUGGGGGGUUGUUUUGGUUGCUAUGUGAAAUCCCAUCCAAUUAUUGCUGUUGAUGAGCCAUCAAAGGGACUAAGAAUUCAAGGGCGCGUGGUGAACAAACCCAGUAUAUCAGAAGAUUUUUGGAGCACCAGCACAUGGGAGAUGGACAAUAGUACAGUUCAGUCCAAAAGAAGUAUAUCAUCUGUCAGUGUAUCAACCAGAACCUCAAGUUUGUUGGUUGCAGGUUUACUUCACUGGAACCAGACUAGGCUUCAGUGGACUGAAAGUAAAAGGCAUGAGAAGCCAAGACGAAUUUGGGAACCCAUAUUAAGUUGGAAUGCAACUUAUGAAAGCUUACUUGGGACUAGCAGACGUUUCCCUCAGCCAAUCCCACUCGCUGAGAUAGUUGACUUUUUAUCGGACAUAUGGGAGCAAGAGGGUUUGUAUGAUUGA